AGGGACGCGGGCGGGGACGGAGCUCGCGCGCUCGCUGCUGGAGUGUGAUGGCCCUGCGAGGCUGCAGCCUUCGACUUUACCCGGAGCUGACGGCGAGAGACUCGCGGAGGCACAGGGUCCCAGGCGAGCUCUGAGAGUCUGCUCCAAGGACCCCGAGACGCGUUCUGCGUUCACAGGCUCGGAUCCACUCUCAGAUUUGCUGCUCGUGGUCUUCCGGAUCAUGUCCGCGGCUCCCGGGUCUCCGCGCGGUAAAAGAAGUUUGCCCAGCGCGGACCCAAAGACCUUUCCAAACUACGCGUCUCACUGCCUGGACUGGAUCUGAACGCCGCUGCCUAGACUGGUCAUUCCGCGGGAGGGGUUUCUCUUCGUACUGUUGUCUUUGUUUCCGGCGGAGCCCCACGCCCACCCACCUCUGAGUCCUGGAAGAAAGGGGCGGCUCCCUCCGCCCCCCAGCAUCCAAGAAAAUGGGGAGCAAGGCCCUGCCUGCACCCAUCCCGCUCCACCCGUCGCUGCAGCUCACCAAUUACUCCUUCCUGCAGGCGGUGAACACCUUCCCCGCUGCGGUGGACCACCUGCAGGGCCUGUAUGGCCUCAGCGCCGUGCAGACCAUGCACAUGAACCACUGGACACUGGGGUACCCCAACGUGCACGAGAUCACCCGCUCCACCAUCACGGAGAUGGCGGCAGCACAGGGACUCGUGGAUGCGCGCUUCCCUUUCCCGGCUCUGCCCUUUACCACCCACCUCUUCCACCCCAAGCAGGGAGCCAUCGCUCAUGUCCUCCCAGCCUUGCACAAGGAUCGGCCCCGUUUUGACUUUGCCAACUUGGCCGUCGCUGCCACACAAGAGGACCCCCCUAAAAUGGGAGACCUGACCAAGCUGAGCCCAGGGCUCAGUAGCCCCAUUUCUGGCCUCAGUAAAUUGACUCCUGACAGAAAGCCCUCCCGAGGGAGGUUGCCCUCCAAAACGAAAAAAGAAUUUAUCUGCAAGUUUUGCGGCAGACACUUUACCAAAUCCUAUAACUUGCUCAUCCAUGAGAGAACCCACACAGAUGAGAGGCCAUACACAUGUGACAUCUGCCACAAGGCAUUCCGGAGACAAGAUCAUCUGCGGGAUCACAGGUAUAUCCAUUCCAAAGAAAAACCCUUCAAAUGUCAGGAGUGUGGGAAAGGAUUUUGUCAGUCUCGAACUCUUGCAGUUCACAAAACUUUACACAUGCAGACAUCAAGCCCUACAGCUGCGAGCAGUGCGGCAAAGUGUUCAGGCGAAACUGUGAUCUGCGGCGGCACAGCCUGACUCACACCCCGCGGCAGGACUUCUAGAGAAGCCCAGGAUCUGUCCCCUGCCGCCGCCGCUGCUCCCCUCCCCAGACACUUCUCCACCGCUCCCAAAAGGGGGUCACUCCCCUUCACAGACCCCAGCUCUCCCUUGCUGCAGCCAUACCUGCAGCUCCAGGGAGUUAAUUCUUCUUGAGGACUGAGAACUGUAGAAAGCCACACACAUACACACACACACACACACACACACACACACACACACACACACACACACACAUCCCUUCACCAAGAGCAUAUGCUAGUUUCUUGUAGAUAUCCACAGCUCAUUUUAGAGCUUUGUACAUAAUGUCAUGGGUCUUUUUUUGUGUGUGUGUGUUUGUUUGUUUUUGUAACUUGUUGGAUGUACCUAGA